GAACAGUACAGUUUCAGCUGUGUUAUCGUUCGUUCACUUGUGGAUCGGUUUCAAAUUGAUUUACCAAAUUUUUGUUUGGGAAGAAAACAUAAAAAGUCGAGAACAUUGAAAUGGCACAUCUGUUACCGUAAAAAUGAUCAUAUAUAUUCAACGAUAAAAUCCCACCGAAAAUUCCUUGGCUCCACAUCAAUGACUGCCGCAUACAGAACAAUCUAAAUGACAAUAAAAAAGAGAACCACAGCUAAGGUUCAAUUACUUUACAGCACUAACAAACAAAAACAAUUAAAAAAAAUCAUAGAAGAAAAAAAUAAUGUGCACUAAAACAUUUAUUUGUUGUGUCGUGCCAUAAAAAUGGAAAAUAUUUUCGAAAAUGCAUCAAUAUUCAUUGUACAAAGACAAACGAUUUGACAGUUUUUCGUGCCGAAUAUAUAAUUAAGUGUCAUCACUAAUCGACCUAUUUAUUUCAAUCAAUUUAUAGCUCAUAAGUGCAUUUAAUUGGUGACAUAAACUCCCAGUUGUUCCUUUAUAUUCGAUACACACACACACACACACACAUUUUUAAAAAUACAAUUGGUAAAUGACAGAAAGAAAGAAAGAAAUAAGUGAUAUAUUUACAAAUAAGGGCAGUCGCACAAAACGCCGAUGAAGGAGCCAGUGAAAGGGAGAGCGACACUGAAAUUCGAUCGCACACUCUUUGUUCAAACAAAAAAUGCUUAAAAAAGAAAAACCAAUGCUUUCAGUAGCCGAUAUUAUUCAAGCGCAGGGAAAAGUAUGGGAUCGUCCAUUUUCGUCAGUGCUGGAUCCAUCACUAAUGGGACAAAUGGGGCCGAUUUCACCGCCAGAACUAAAACCAGACACAUCACUUUUAAACGGAAACAGUAUGGGUGGAUUUUCACCAGGUCCAGGACCGGGUAGUCCGAGUAAUUUCAAUCAAAUGUCAAUCUCGGCUGCAACAAACAUUUCGCCAACAACUGCACAAAAUCGCUUAUCUUACCCGCCAAAUCAUCCGUUGAGUGGCUCGAAACAUUUAUGCUCGAUCUGUGGUGAUCGUGCAAGUGGAAAACAUUACGGAGUGUACAGUUGUGAGGGAUGCAAAGGAUUCUUCAAACGGACCGUCCGAAAAGACUUGACCUACGCAUGUCGAGAGGAUAAAAAUUGCACAAUUGAUAAGCGUCAACGAAAUCGAUGUCAGUAUUGCCGUUAUCAAAAGUGCUUAAUUUGUGGUAUGAAACGUGAAGCGGUUCAAGAGGAACGACAACGUGGUGCUAAAAUGUUACCAAAACAGACAGACGAUGUCAGUCAAGCAAAUCCGGUUAGAGAUUUAACAAUUGAACGAUUAAUGGAAGCUGAACAAAAGAGUGAAAAUAGAGGCGGUGAUAAUGCAAUACCUUAUUUAAGGGUUGGUCCAAAUUCCGUUGUUCAAGCCGAAUACAAGGGUGCCGUUUCACAUUUAUGUCAAAUGGUGAACAAACAACUUUAUCAGUUGAUUGAAUAUGCCAGAAGAACACCACAUUUUGCACAAUUACAACGAGAGGACCAAAUCACUCUACUGCGGGCUGGAUGGAAUGAAUUGCUGAUAGCUACAGUUGCGUGGCGUAGCAUAGAGUUUCUCGAUCAGGAACGGACAAAUGCCGAUGGGACGAUUGAUCGACGGGCUCCGGUGCGGCCACCUCAAUUGAUGUGUUUAGGUCCUAAUUUUACACUACAUCGAAAUAGUGCACAUCAAGCUGGUGUUGCACCAAUAUUUGAUCGCAUUUUAUCAGAGCUCAGUGUAAAGAUGAAGCGUUUGAGCAUUGAUCGAGCUGAAUUGACGUGCUUAAAGGCAAUAAUUCUAUUCAAUCCAGACAUUCGAGGACUAAAAUGCAAGCAGGACGUUGAUUUGUGUCGUGAAAAAAUCUAUGCAUGCCUUGACGAACAUUGUCGUAAUCAUCAUCCUGGCGAUGAUGGCCGGUUUGCUCAACUGUUAUUAAGAUUACCAGCGUUACGUUCAAUUAGUUUAAAAUGUUUAGAUCAUUUAUAUUGUUUCCGGUUGAUUGGCGACAAGAGCUUAGAGACAUUCAUUGGAGAAAUGCUAGAUACACCUCUAUAAAUUGAAAUAGACACAGACGCAAUUAUAAAUAUGAUUAAAGAUAUAGAUGUCAAACUACUGCUGGAGUUUCUUUUAUGGCCGGUUUGGAUGGCAGCAUAUUCAUCACACACACACACACAUACAUUCACCGAAUACAUCAAAGAGUGUCAGAUUGUCAUCGUCCACCACCAAAAACAACAAAUAAAAACAAAUAGUACUAUUAUGCAAACACCGUAAUCGAGUCACAUUACAUUCUCUUCAUUCCGGCACUUGUUUGAUUGAUAGUAGCUAUUAUUAUCAUCCUUCAUCGUUAUUUACAGACAAAUUGAUAAAUACAAACAACAAAUGAAAAGAUUAGUUAUUACAUUUCAAUAUAAUAAGAAUAUAUAGAUGAAAUUAUUAAGCACUUGAGUAGUUGUUUAUUGAAAUAAUUUAUAUGUGAAAAAAAAAAAAAAUGAAAAAUGAAAAUGAUAAACUGAAAAAUCUUUUUGAUAGUGAAAUUAAUAUUUUUGAAUACAGACAAAAGAAAACACAACCAAGUAAAAUACAAUUUGAAGGAUGUGUCUCUCAAGAUGUGAGCUUAGGAAUAGGUAAAAAGCUAAAGAGAAUUUAGUGUGCAAAAUAUAUAAUUGGCAAUGGGAACGAGUCAAAGAAAUAAUUAUUA